UGCUUGGCUUGUUGACGGAAGUGGGGACGAGGCUUGUGAUGGCCGCUGAGUCUCUGUCUGAGAAGGCGCGGCUGGACCCGGCGGAGGAGCUGCCGCCUCUCGCGACGGCGGAGGAACUGGCAUCCCAGAAGCGGGAGCAGAGGCUGCGCAAAUUCCGGGAGCUGCAUCUCAAGCGGAAUGAAGCUCGUAAAUUAAACCACCAGGAAGUGGUGGAAGAAGAUAAAAGACUUAAGUUGCCUGCAAAUUGGGAGGCCAAAAAAGCUCGUUUGGAAUGGGAACUACAGGAAGAAGAAAAGAAAAAGGAAUGUGCAGCAAGAGGAGAAGACUAUGAGAAAGUAAAAUUGCUAGAGAUCAGUGCAGAAGAUGCAGAAAGGUGGGAGAGGAAAAAGAAGAGGAAAAACCCUGAUCUGGGAUUUUCAGAUUAUGCUGCUGCCCAGUUACGCCAGUAUCAUCGGUUGACCAGACAGAUCACUGAUAUGGAAACAUGAAGACUGAGAGAAAAGCAUGGUGAGAGUUUUUUUCCAACAUCUAACAGUCUUCUUCAUGGAACGCAUUGUGCCUCCACAGAGGAAGUUGACAGGAUGGUUAUAGAUCUGGAGAAACAAAUUGAAAAACGAGACAAAUACAGUCGGAGACGUCCUUAUAAUGACGAUGCAGAUAUCGACUACAUUAAUGAAAGGAAUGCCAAAUUCAACAAGAAGGCAGAACGAUUCUAUGGGAAAUACACAGCUGAAAUUAAGCAGAAUUUGGAAAGAGGAACAGCUGUAUAAUCUUUUUGGGUACUGUUUUCAGAACCUUGAGAAUGGGGUAAAGGUUUCUCCUAGCAAAUUGAAG